AUGUCUGGACAUAGUUCAUCCCGCCGCUCCUCUUGCCACAAUCUCCAGACAACUGCAGCGCCCAGGACACCUCACGAGCAGUUCCUCUCCUCUCUCGAAUUCGUCGACACCGACUCCCUGCCCAAAGAUGAAGCCGACUGCACCAUCUGUAUGCUGCAGUUCUGCGACCGUGACAGGUGCAGGAACAAAGCGCAUGAGGAGCCGGUCUGCCUUCCCUGCGGCCACGUAUUUAGGAGCAAGUGCUCAGCAACGUGGUUUGCCGAGAGGGAUAACUGUCCCAUGUGCAGAGCUAAGAUGUCUGAGAAGGCGAAGGGUUUUUGGUUUUAG